AUGGAAAAUGGAUCACCUAUAGUUACCAAGCAAAUGGUUAUCAAAUGGCAAGAGGCUAUUACUAAGAAAAAAUCAUUGCGCUCUUUGAGACGUCUACUUUUGGCAUUUCGUGCAGGUGCUCAUAUUAAUGAAGAUGAUGAUGGAAAAUUAUUUGCAUAUAGAAUCACAAGUGCAGCAGUAUUUAAUGAUUUAGUGGUCGUAUGUUUGAAAUACGUGAUCCCAGUUUUUGAUCAUCAUUUAAAUUUCAAGGAAGGAGAAAUAAAAAAAAAACUUCCAAGCUCUUGUAAAAAAUGGAAAAAUAUUCAAUCUUCCGUGAAAUCAUAUUUACAAAGUAUACUUCAUAUGAUUAAAAAUUUAUCGGAAAAUGACAUGAUUUACUAUAUCGUCAAAGAAUCAGAAAAAUGUGUUCCAUAUUAUCUAUGUUUUCCAAAGUUAUCUAGGAGUUGGUUAAAGACGCUUUUAGAAUUAUGGGGAUCAGCAGAAGAUAAAGUGAGAAUAGUUUCAUUUUUAAAUAUUCGUAAACUUGCGACUGUUGGAUCGCCUUCUAUGAUUGAUCUAUGUCUGAAGGGCAUAUACAUGACUUUUGUACGAAAUUGCAGAACUACUACUGUGUACACGAUAUCUUCGAUAAAUUUUAUGACAAAUUGUGGUGUUGAAAUUUAUGGACUUGACCUAAAAGUAUCAUAUCAAUUUGCGUUUGUCUAUAUAAGACAACUGGCUAUUCACUUGAGGAAUUCUAUGCUAGUAAAAAGCAAAGAAUCUUAUCAAAAUGUUUAUAAUUGGCAAUUUAUACAUUGUUUAGAAUUUUGGUCACGAGUUCUAGCAACUUAUUGUGAUCAAAGAAGAUUGGCGGCGACUGGCGAAGAGAGUCCAUUGCAACCUUUAAUAUACCCAUUAGUUCAAGUGUCUCUUGGUGUUAUCAGAUUAAUUCCAACCUGUCAAUAUUUUCCUUUACAUUUCCAUUGCUUACGUUUAUCGAUUAAUUUAAUACAAAAGACUGGGGUUUUUAUACCGCUUGCUCCUUAUCUUUUCGAAAUAUUGGAGUCGUCCGAGUUACGACAAAAACCAAAACCUUCAACUUUAAAACCUCUCGACUUUUCUUUGCAUUUAAAAGCACCAAAAUCUUAUUUACACACUCGAGUUUAUCAGGAUGGUAUUGGUGAAGAGAUCACAGAUAUACUUUUAGAGUAUUAUGCUUGCUUCUGUUUAUCCGUUGCUUUUCCAGAGUUAGUUAUCCCGGCUAUUGUACAGAUUAAGCGACAUAUUAAAAAAUCAAAAAAUGUAAAAAUGAACAAGCAACUGCAUAGUCUCAUUGAAAAGUUUGAGCAAAACGCAAAAUACAUUGAACAGCAUCGAGCACAAAUAGAGUUCGCGCCAAAUGAUCGUGCUAAAGUGGAAGCUUUUAUGAAAGAUUUUGAUCAUGAAUCCACGCCAUUGGGCUCGUAUGCAAAUUCAGCACGAAAAUUAAAAGAUCAACGUGAGAAAUUAUUGAAUCGGGAAAACAAAGAUGAAGAAAUAAACUAA